AUGGCCCUUUUCCGAUUCGAGGCUGUCUCCCUCCGCCCUCCCCCGUCCGUGUAUAAGAACCAAGGAAGUGUCCCCCUGUCUCUCCCCCGACGAGAAUGGAUGAUAUCGGAAACUUCAUACAGAGAGAGAAAGUCAGCCUCCGACUCUCAUCCAAAACCGACAUCUGGAUCGCUUGAAACAACAACCAGUAACUAUCCCGCCUACCCUUCCCGCCCAAGCGGAGAUCUCACCCGCCAAAUAGGACACCGUCACACCUUCAACAUGGCACCUCCGAAGAGAGCACUCAUCGCGGUCACUUCGGCUCACGGCCCCCUAUACCCCAAGGGACAAGAGACAGGCCUCUUCAUCACCGAGGCUUUGCACCCCUUCAACGUCUUCAGAGAGGCCGGCCUCGACGUCGACCUUGUCUCCGAGACGGGCACCUACCAGCCCGACUGGCUAUCCCAGCAACCAGACUGGCUCCCCGAGAAGGACCGCAAGGUCUGGGAGGACCGCUCGAGCGAGUUCCGCUCCAAGCUGGAUGCCCUGCUCAAGCCGGGGGACAUCGACCCCGCCAAGUACGGCAUCUUCUUCGCCUCGGCGGGACACGCCUCGUUGAUCGACUACCCCGACGCCAAGGGGCUGCAGUCCAUCGCCUCAAAGAUGUACGCCGACGGCAGCAUCGUGUCAGCAGUCUGCCACGGAGGCGCCAUAUUCCCGGGCAUAAUCGACCCCGCGACGGGUAAGUCCAUCAUCGCCGGCAGGAAGGUCACCGGCUUCACCACGCAGGGCGAGGAGGAAGAAGGCGUCCUCGACACGAUCAAGUCCUGGAACAGGCCGACGAUCGAGUCGUCCGCCGCCUCCGCCGGUGCAACUUAUAUUCCGCCCCCGGGCCCCUGGGACGCUUUCGCGUACACCGACGGACGCAUCGUCACGGGCGCGAACCCGGCCAGCGCGCACGUCACCGCCGAGGCGGCCGUCAAGGCCUUUCAGAAGCUGUGAGCGCAGACCGCCUGACCCGGCCUUGCUCCCACUCUAAGGUCGCUGCUGCGAGCAUGACCGGUAACCGUGCGUUGGUCGUUUGAGCUAUGUCAAGUUGGAUGAUUCGGGUUCGGCGUGCUGCGUCCAGGGAUCCGGAUGCAAGGAGAGGAGAGUGAGUGCAUAUGAAUUUGGAGUAAUGUUGCGCAACGCGCGACAAGAACAAUACAACCAUAAAAACAAAUUCGUU